AUGGAGAACUCAAAGCUCUUUCUUUCCCUACUCCUAACCACACUUACCUUGUCUUAUGCACAAGAGGACCAUUCAACCUGCUUGAUAAACCAAAGAUACAAAGCCUUCCACAAGUAUGAGUACCUGUACAAUGCUGAGUCUCUGAAUGCCAUAAAUGGUGCUUCACAUCUGAGGAAUGGACCUAAGGCCACUUGCAAGGUUGAAAUUGAGGUACCUCAGACUUGUAGUUUCAUCGUCCGUACCACUGGCUGUAGUCUAAGCGAGGUGGUUGACAUGGACCCAGAGGGCAACCCUGUGUUCAGUCCUGCUGCCAGCUCUGAUGCCUUUGCUGCUGAAAUGGAGAAAUAUCCUCUGAAGGUUGUGGUUGACGGUGUGUACGAUGUGAAACUGUACCCUGAAGAUGGUGAGACAACAACCAUCCUGAACAUCAAGAGGGGUAUCAUCUCUGCCCUGGCUGUCCCUCUGCUGGAAGAGGAGAAGAAUAAGAACAUGCCCACAAUCCACGGCAUGUGCAAGACCCAAUAUUCCAUUAACACCAGAGAGGAUAUUGCAACAGAUAUCAGUCUCACCAGGGAUCUGUCCAGAUGUGACAAAUUUGUCCCGAUGAGAGAUUACACCAGCCCCUUGGCUCUCAUUUCUGGAAUGCACUACCCCCUUUCCAAGCUGAUCAGAAGUACCCAGAACUGCAACUACAAGUUUGAUAACGAGAAACAGCACAUGACCUCUGGCUCCUGCACUGAGAACCACAUCCUCAUCCCCUUCUCUCACAGGGGGGAAUACGGAGUUACGAAUGUUGGAAAGCAAGACCUGACUCUGGUUCAGGUUUCUUCUUUCACCGAUGAAGUCUUUGACCGCAGUAACAUUGUCAAGGGACUUCACAUGGAGACUGUUGAGGACAAGAGUGUUAUCCAGGAUAAAGAUGCAGGUCUGACCCUGUUGGGAGAACUGGCAGCUCUGCCCGAGAGCGAGGGCGACAGAAGGGCCCACCUCUUCAAAAAGCUUGUCACCAUGGUCCGUGGAAUGAAGGCCGAGACCCUGAGCCCAGCUAUCCCUGAAGCUCUUGCCGUGUCCAGAGUCCUAACCUACCAGGUACUCGCCCAGUGUGGGACACCUGAGUGCAGCAGUGCCAUCAUGCAGAUCUUCAGGACUCUUGAUGCCUCUUCACUCGAGGUUGAUGCAGGAGUUUUUGCUUUGGGACUCGUCUCCAAUCCUUCUCCCCUGCUGAUCAAUGACAUGCUGGAGAUGGCCAAAUUCAAGCCCAGCAAGCCCAUCAUGUAUGCUCUGAGCAAUGUGGUCAAGAGGUUUUACAAAGCUGAAGGAAAACUGAUCCCUGAGAUUAAUGCUGUUGCCGAGUUUAUGGCUGAACAGCUGGGAGACUGCACUGGUGACAAGGAUAAAACUUUCAUUACACUAAGGGUCAUUGGAAACAUGGCUGCAGCUGUUGGACCUGCCAGUCCUACUCUCAGAACCGCUGUGAUCCAGUGUGUGAACCAACCUGAAGCUCCCCUGUCUGUGCAGCAGGCUGCCAUCCAAGCAUACAGGCUCACUGCCGUCCCCGAGGAGGGCAGAGAAGUUCUCAUGCAGGUGCUUCUGGACGGUGCUAGCCCAAUGCAAAAGCGUAUUGCUGCAUAUCUGGUUCUUAUGAAGGACCCCCAGCCCAGUGAACUGGCCCAGCUGGCAGCUGCUCUGCCCAUUGAGCAGGACAGCCAAGUCAAGAGCUUUGUGAUCUCCCAUGUGACCAACAUUUUGUCCUCAACUGCACCAGAGACCCUGGAACUGAGGCAGAAAAUUAUUGAUGCCCUGCAGGGUAAUGAGGUUGGUCCCAUUAUGGACCCCACCAAGUUUUCAAGCCACUACAAGAUUGGAUCUGUGGAGGGCAACGUGAUCUUUGAGGGUCCCAGCUACCUGCCAAAGGAGGUCAUGCUUGAAAUGACUCUGAAGGCUUUUGGCUAUGACAUUGACAUGAUGGAGAUUGGUAUGCAGGGCACAGGAUUUGAGCCAACUGUUGAUGCUCUGUUUGGAGAGCAUGGUUUCUUCCCUGACACUGCUCUGAAGACGAUGUACUUUGUGUCUGACAAAAUGCCGCUUGACAUCAAUGAAAUCCUGAAGAACGUAAUGCCUACCUUGAAGACGGACAGGAUGAAGAGACAGGCUUCCCAGAGCUUGAUGAGAGACAUUGGUCGCAACCUCAAUAAACUCGUGAGAGAGCUGAAGACAUCACAGACUCCUGAAGCAAUGGUGUACAUGAGACUCUUGGGGAAUGAGCUGGGGUAUCUGAGGACCAAUGAAAUCACAGAUAUGGCCUACUCUGCUGCCUUGAUGGUUGACAACAUGUUCAAGAUGUUUCCUACUGAGCUACUGAAGGCACUGAUGACUAAGGCUGACAACACAAUCUUUGCCCACUACAUCUUCAUGGACAAUGAAUUCUUCCUGCCUACUGCCACUGGUGUGCCUCUGAGGAUUGCACUGUCUGGUACUUUCACCCCUGGCAUCAAGGGUGGACUGAAGUUUGGUUCUGACAUGAGCGAAGUGAGCUUCAUGCCUUCUGCUGGCGUUGAGUUUCACACUCGGGUUGGUUCAUUCAUCUCUGAAUAUGUGAAGUCCGGAUUAGAGAUGCACACCAGCAUAUUCCACGAGAGUGGGCUCACUGCCAAGAUCUCCCUUGCAAAUGACAACGUCAAGCUGACCAUCCCUGCUCCAAUGCAUCCUACAAAGAUAAUCAAAAUGAAGAACGCUCUGGUGUCAGUGACAGGAUCAGGGGAGAUGCCAAUCCCUCCUAUGAUAACGGACAUGGUUGAUGUUAGUGAGUGCACUCCCUUCUUCGCUGGAAUGAAAUACUGCACUGCUCUGCAAUACACUGAUGCUUUCUCUCAGGAGACAGCACCCUACUUUCCCUUUACUGGAGAUAGCAAAUUUGCCAUGGAACUUCAUCCCACUGGUGAGGUCACUGAGUUUACUGCUACUCUAGCCUAUGAGCUGCUUAGAGAGGGAGAAGAGGGCCGGCAGAAGGUUGAUUCGGUGAAGUUUGUUCUGAGAGCUGAAGGUGCAGAGCCCACUGAAGCCACAGCUAUGGUGAAAUAUAACAGAAGAAAGAAUGUCAUCACAGCUGACAUCCAGAUCCCAGACUAUGACAUGGAGGCGGGACUCAGGCUGGGUGUUGUUGAUGGAAACACCAAGGGCAAAGGAACUCACUCCAUCUCUCUUGACUUGAUAAACAAGAACAUCCCUCAGCUUUCCCUGAUUGGCCGUGCCAAUUUGAAGGCCAUGAAGGAAGGAAUGCUGCAAGUCCAACUUCUUGUCCCCUCCAUCAGUGCUGACGCCACUCUAACAGCAAACCUGAAACAUGACGAAGACUUUACAAUGGUGUUGAAGAGUAAUAUCAAGAUUUCGGAAACCACUUCAGAGCAGAAAAUCUCAAUGAAAUAUGGUACCAGCAAUAUUGAGGUUGAAUUAAAGUCUGAUGUAAACUCUGGUACCUUGAACACCCUUCCUUACACUGACCGUAUCAGACAAUAUGGCAAUGAUAUGGUCGAACUGAAGGUUGGGAAGACUGACAAAACAGUCGGUCAAAUCUUCAGUGCAUUUAUGGAAGAAGCAAACAAACACCUGGAAGUGUAUGCUGCUGAUAUCCCUUACAUUCAGAACUUCAGAAUGCCUGAUAUGCCUGAGAUUUCACUGCCAGAGUCAUUGUACCUCAAUACUGAAGCCAAGGCCAUCUACUACUUCAACAAUGAGCGCUUCACUAUUUCUAUCCCUCUUCCUCUUGGUGGAAAGUCAACAGAAGAGCUGAACUUCCCACCAGCUUUGACCACUCCUAACAUUUUCCUACCAAUGUUUGGACUGAAUUUUGUGUCCACAGAGAUUCCAAUCCCAGAACUUUUUGUACCUGAAAGCCUAACAUUGGCUUUACCUCUUUUUGGCAAAGCUGAGGUUUCAACUCUGAUGAAGAGCAACUUUUACAACAUGGAAGCAUCAAUGGCUGCCGGCAAAGAUGUUGUGGAGACACCGAGCUACUCAGCCAAGUUUGAUGUGACAGGAACCUCUCCACUUGACAUCCUCUCAGUAAAGAUGGAAGGCUCUGGGAUGUUGGCCACCACUGAUGCCAUCAAGGCCCAGUUGAAAAGCUCUUUAGUUCAUAAAUUCAUUGAGGCUAGUAUUAAUGUUGUUGAGGAAGCCACCAUCACAGACAAAAUUAAUCUGAAGUCCAGCAGCAAGAUUGAAGCCAAAAGCCCCUUGGGUGUCAGAGUUGCUCUGGAGCACACUGGUAUGGCUGGAGUCAACACUGAAGAAAUCUCUGCUGAUAGUAACUUAGAGGGAAUGUGGACAGUCGGACCAGCAUACAGCAAAGUCACUGCAACCCAGUCAUUCACCAUCGCCCCAUUCAAGCCAGAGGCAAAGAUUGAUUCAUCUGUUCAGAUUGACUCCACAAUUGUCAACACUCUGACCAAUACUGCUGAGCUUUCCUUCAAAGAGAGCAAGCUGUCACUGAAAUCUGAGACAAAUGCAGCUCACACUGAAAACCGUGUUUACUCUCUGCUCACUGCUUCCCUGGAUGUCGAUGGUCUGACUGUGAACAGUGAUGCCACCGUGAAGCUCCUUGAGAAGGAGGCUACUCACAAGGCUACUCUGACAAUGAACAAAGAUGGUUUGAUCACAAGUGGAACCACCGCCCUCCAGAGCGCUCUUGCCCUUGAAAACACCUUUAAUGCAGCACUUGAUGCUUCAAAGGCUUCCCUGUCUAUUAACAACAAGGCUGUUAUGCAGGACAUUAAGGUUGAUAAUGCCAACACUCUGACCAUCACUCUCUCUGGCCUUGACUUCAACUCAAAGGCUGAAGCCACCGCAAGUGAGCAUGCCUCAUACACACAUGAUGUCACCAUCGACCUGAAACCCUUCACAGCUUCUGCAAACGUAAACAACAACCUGAAAGUUCUUGCGGCCAACAUUGUUAAUGAGGCUCAGCUCAAGGCAGAGCUCUACAAGAUUGACCUCACUGGAAGCCUGAAAGCCAUCUAUGGUGAAGAAGAGAUCAAGCACAUCUAUCAGGUCAAUUAUGCUGAUAUGGCUGCAAACGCAAAGUGCAGCACUACUGGAACAAUCCUUGGAACCCACAUGAGCCACAACACUGAGCUUGAAGUUAUUGGUCUUGCAGCCAGGAUCACCAAUGAUGCCCGCUUCAACUCACAGCCAAUACGCUUUGAUCACAGCAUCCGCUGCAGUGUUGUACCUUUUGAUUUCAAUCUUGAUGCCAUCUUCAAUGCUGAUGGAGACAUGACCAUGUAUGGAAAGCACAGUGCUCAGCUCUAUGGCAAGUGGCUCCUUAAAGCACAACCCCUGGCAGUUGCAAGCGCUCAUGAAUGCAGAGCAUCAGUGACCCAGCAGCUGGAUAAUGGUUUCUCCCUGGAGACGACAUUUGACAACAAGAUGGAUAACGUUCUGUCACUUCAAGAGCAGAAGAGCAGUUUUAGACUGAAAUCCAAGGUGAAUGACCACUCCCUCAGUCAGGACUUAAGUAUCUACAACACUGCUGACAGAACUGGACUGGAGGUUUCUGGCACCAUCCUCACAAACAUCCUCAACGGUGACUCCACAGAGAACCAGGAAUUCACCCUCUCUGGCUUCCUCAAGUAUGACAAGAACACAGACAGUCAUGUAAUUCAGAUCCCUUUUGUUGACAACCUGCCUGUCUUGUUGGAAAGCAUCAAGGGCUUAGUUUACUAUGUUGGAGAGGCACUGCAAGGUUUAAUCGACAAUGAGGAGAUAAUGGACAAAAUUGCAGCUCUUCCACAGUAUGUAGAAGACUUUAUUUCUGAACUGAAUAUAGAAGGCAAAGUUAAUCAGCUGAAGAAGUAUUUAAAUGAUAUUUCCCAAGAAUAUGUCAUCUCCAUGGAGGAUUUAGAAGUCAUUCUAAGAACCCUGAAGGCAAUUGUGGAGAAAAAGCUCUCAAAUUUCAGUGUUUACAUCCAAAACAUUGUUGGUAUGGUUAAGGACAUUAUUGUUGCCACUCCUGAAACCCUUGUUCAGAAUACCCUCAAACUGGUGGAGGCCUUUACUGAGGAAUUUGACAUCAAGGCCAUGAUUAUAAAUAUGAUUGAUACCAUGAAGGAUAUGGCUGAGCAGUUUGACCUGGAAAAACUGAAGGGCAGCAGCAUUGCAUUUCUGAAUGACAUUGAUGCCACGUAUGAAAUCAAGGCCAAACUGCAGAUCAUAAUGAGUUUAGUGAAAGAAAUAGUUUUGGUCUUUGACAUGCAAGUAAUUGUUGAGAAGGUGAAGAAUAUAAUUUCAUCUAUUGACUUUAAUGCCCGCAUAGAUGAACUUGUGAGUAAGCUUCCCACUGAGAUCUUUGGCAGUAUAACAGAUACUAUCAGGGAAAUUGUUCUGGACUUUGACAUCCUACAUGAGAUCAACAAUGUCUAUGCUAACAUAAGAGAGCUGAUUGUAAAGUUUGAGAUUGAGAGUAAGGUUCAGGCAAUCUUUGAAAAGGUAAUGGAGCUCAUCAAACAGUUAAAAGUUGAUGAAACCGUCACAGCUUUGGUAAAGAUGUUUAAUGAUGCAGACAUUUCAACCAAAUUUUUGCAAGUCUUCCAGGGUACAGUUAAGUACUUGAGUGAAGCUGACAUUAAGGACAUAAUUGCUGAGUUGAAUGGAUGUAUUCAGAUAAUUGAGCAGAAACUGAAUUCACUGGAUUACAAUGAUUUUGUGGCUGAAGCCAAUCAAGUGAUAGUCCGCUGCACUGCUUUUGUGAAUGACCUUAUUGUGUCUCUUGAAAUCCAACAGAAACUUGAGGCAAUAAGGGAGUUUUCCAACUUAGGCUUGUCCUUUAUUAGUGGUGCAUGGGCACAUCUGAGAGAAAUUAAAAUAACAGAAAUAGUACAAGAUACAAAAGACAUCCUUGACCAAGUUGUGCUGAAUAAUCUGAAGAAAUUUGCAAUAAUUAUAAAGCAGGAAAUUGAAAACCUGGAUAUAAAUGCUAAGAUGACUUAUUAUCUGCAGCUGGUAAUGGAUCAAUACACUGAGUUCAUUACCGUUACAUCUGAUAUCUUCACCAGUGUGGCUCAGAUAACUAAGAAGCCAAAAAUUGUCCAAGAGGUGUUGCAAAUCAUCCAAGGGCUUCUCACUGGUCUGACAGAAGCUGAAUUGACCAUCCCAUCCUUCACUAUUCCUCUCACUGAUCUUGUCGUUCCUUCUAUGAAAUUCAGCAGAGAUGCGCUUAACCAGUUUGAAGUCCAACAAGAGCUGGACAUCCCCGAGUUUACCAUCAUGGGUGUCUACACAGUGAAAGCCACCACCAUCUCUAUGAAUGACAUUCAACAGAGAUUCAAUGACUUGAUUGCUUCUCUUUUCGACCUCCCGAUGAAGCUGUUUGAAAUAAUUGCUACAUUUGAAGAGCUCAUCAUGAGUUAUAUUCCCACCUUGCCUGAGUUUUCAAUCCCAGAAAUGACUAUACCUGAGUUCUCCUUCCCCACCCUUCCGAAUGUUCAAGCAGAGAAACUUGUCAAGACUCUUCAACUUCCACCAUUCAAGCUGCCAGAAAUUCCUCAUGAGAUCAUGAUUCCAGGAUUUGGUAAACUGAGCUAUGAGAUAAAAGUUAACACCCCCAUCUACACUAUUAGGAAUGCUGCUGAAGUCCAGAGCUCUCUAGAUGUAGAUAGUACUCCCCAGCUUACAGCUUUUCUGACUUCCCAAGGUACAUCUACCAACUUUGAAAUCCUCAACUUUAACCUUGAUUCCACUGCACGCGUUGCCAUUCCGAUGGGGGGUUUAAUUGCUGCUGAGACCCUUAAGUUUACUCAUGGUUCUCUAAUGGUUGACCAUGAUGCGUCAGUGACAUUUUCUUACUUCUCAGCCCAGGUCUCAGCUAAAACCACAGUGAAGUCCACCACAGGACCUUAUGAUGCUGAGCUUCUGAACGAAGCUUUCUUAGCUACCAAUGGUGGUUUAUCUGCCACCUCGGACACUUCCUAUAAACAUGUGCUUAACCUACCAAUCAUGGGCCUCGCUGGUGAGACAUCUAUAGCUCAAAAGGCUGCUGCCCGCCAGGAAGGUUAUGCUAUUACAAUUACUGUAGAUAAUCAGGGUACUGCUACUCUCAACUCUCAAGACAACACCCUGAAGAGUGCCCUACAAGUCACAAUCAACCCAAGUCUGCAUGACAUGAAGCUUGAGCUCAAGGGGACCCAUAGCACAGAUUUAACUGGAAUGGUCAACGGAGACAUGUACAACAUGAUUGACGUUGCUCUUGGUCCCGGGGAGUUUCUGUUCAGUCUGCAGAAUAAGGGAAACUCCAAGGUUAAUUUAAAUGAUGCUCUCGCUUUCAAAUUUGAUCUGCAGAAUGAUUAUUCUGCAACCUUCAGGCCUGACACACAGCAUAUGAACACUGUGGCUCUAGCUCAUUUGAAUCAGUUCAAAGUACUCUGGAACUUGACUUUAGAGAACAAUGAGAAGGAGGCUGCCAUCCUUGGUGCUGCUGAAGGGGAGGCAAACCUUGAUUUCCUGACGAAGCCCAUCAGCAUUCCUGAGAUUAAUAUUCCAUUUUUGGAUUUGAAAACUCCAGCUAUUCGUCAUCUGAACCUGUACGAUCAAACUGGGCUGAAAUACAUUUUGACUACCACUGACCAGGCUGUAAAUCUGGGUGCCAAGCUGGUCUUCGAGAAAAGCCAAGAUACCCUGCUUGUUGAAAUGAUCCAGAUACCAUUUUCGGGUAAUCUGAUCACAGAUCUGUCUUUCAAGUCUCCCAUCAUUAAUGUGAAUGCCAAUGCUGGGCUGUAUACUGGGGAUGAUCUUGUGUUUCGUCUGGGAGCUACCACAGCCUCUGUGUUUGACAGUCUGAAAGCCAAACUUGACGGCACCACAAGUCUCACCACCAAGAGAGGAAUCAAGCUGGCCAAUUCCCUGUCCUUUGAGAAUCAGCACAUCGAAGGAACUCAUGACAGCACCGUCGCUGUGAGCACUGAGACACUUGAAACUACAGUCUCUGUGGCUACAGUAGCAAAGAUUGCCUUGCCCAUUCUCAACCUGGAAGCAAAACAAAACCUGGCUGCUGACACCAAAACUAAACCAAAUGCUGUAUCCACCUGGACGCUGAAGGGGGAUUUCAACAUCCCAGUAAUUAAGGCUGUUGGAAAGGCAGAGAUAGACCACAGUCUGAAGCUGGAGGGAACCUUUGAAUAUGUUUCCAUGGAGACAUCCACUAAGACAAAUAUGGAAAACAUAAUGCUGGAAGAUUGUGUGGUUUCUGGAGUACUGGAUAAUGAGAUCAAUCUUGUUUUGAAUAAUGAUGGUUUGCGCUCUGCGUCCAAAGUUUUGACUGAUGCCAAGUUAAACUAUGGCACAACCAAAGUCAUUGGCAUGGAUGUAAAUGAGAGUCUUGAAGUUGAGGCCUCCCUGAGCCGUGUGUAUGGAGUGCUGAAGUAUAGCAGCAACAAUGAGGCCAAUAUGUUCAAUUUCAACACCAAUGGGAAGCAUGCUGUUCAGACAACCAUAGACUUUGCACCAAAGUCUCUAUUUACUACAGAUAUUGAGAUUGACAUAUCUCAGCUUAGCAGCCUAGGUGACCUCACUAUCUUUGACAAAACGGUUGCCGAAGUGACAGCUGCUGAGCAGAAGAUAUCUACAAAUAUCAAGUUUGUCAGCCCACUGUACACUACCAACCUGGCUGCUGAAUUGGAUGGCAGUGUGCCAGUAUACAAGGCUGACUUUAAGUCAUCUGCCACCUCUACUAUGACCCUCUUGGAAUAUGACUUGGACUCAUCUGUUACCCUCAACAUUGAGGAUGCUGGACUGACACUGACAGGAAAAGGGAUUUUCACCCACAGUGAUAUGAACAUGGACAUUCAACAUAUCCUUUCCCAUACAGUGAGUGACUCUCGUCUCACCCUAAGUGUGGAUAUAACCAGCCCUGCCUUCACUGACAUCAAUGUACGAUACACUUUACGCAAAGAUGGAACUAGUUGCACUAUUUCAAUUCCAUCAACUGGCUUCCUUGGUCUUCAGCUCCAUGGCAGGGUCCCAGCUCAGAUGAAUGCCAGGCUUUACGGCCGUUAUGCUUCUGAUCCUGGCAAAGAUGUCGAUAUCGUCACCAUUCGAGCUUCUGUCAAAGACACUGAUAAAAUGAAUCUGAAGAUGGUUAUCAAUAUGGAGGCCCCUGACAUCAUACUCAGUGGAAUACAAGAAAGGCUUCCUGCCAUCACUUCUAGUAUGUCUGGCUUUGCUGAGAAAUACCACCUGUCCAAACAUGCUGCUCAGCUGAAGAAUUUUAUUAUUUACUACAUUGAGGAGGCCCACAACAUUGCUUACGACCACACCCCAGAUCUGAGCCAUGUGUCCAUUCUCUAUAGGAACACUGUUGUCCAGUACCAGAAGACUGUUCAGGCAUUCCUGGAUGCUGCCAUCAAUUUCAUGAGAGACACUCAGGUCAGAUUGCCUGGCUCUCAGGAGAUGGUUCCCCUCAUUGAGGUGCUCAAUAAGAUGACCACCAGCAUUACUACUUGGCUAGAGAAAGCAUUCAACUUCAUGGCUGUAAACGUAGAAUAUGCUUUCAAUGUUGUAAUUGACACUGUCAGUGAGAUACAGGUCACAAUGCCCAUUGGUGAUGUUAUGGCUAGUGCCAAAAUAAUUGAUGAAAUAAGGGAAAGAGUAAGCACCAUGUUUAACCACAUUUUGACUCAUUUGAAACACCCAGAGAGUAUUGAUAUAAUCCUGGAAAACUGGGGUACCACCCUAAAAAAUGUUGUCGAGAAAGCUCAGGAGUGGGUUGACAACACCUUAAAGUCUGAUGUCCUUGAUGUAUUUUCUGUCUUUGUUAAUGCUUUUUAUAGAGAAUAUGCAAGGUUAGUGAAAACAAUCACCAAAUAUGCAGACACAGCUUUGGACAUUGAGUUCAUUAAGGGCACCGUUGAUUACAUUCUUGAUAUUUUCAGAUCUGCAGUAAAUCAAUUCAACCAAACCGUUUCUGACUGCCUGCAUCAGGCUACCGCUCAGAUCAAGUUUUAUGUCAAAGUUCAGGGUAAAAAGCUUGAAAUAAAUGUAUGAUCCUAUCUUCACCAGUAAGCUACAGAUUGAAAUCAUAACUAAUGUUUCAACAAAAGUGUAAAGGACAUUGUCAAACUACAAGUUUCAUGUUGUGAGUUGUAUUUAAAAAGUAAAAUAAAUGGUGUGACAAA